AUGGCUGACUCCCUGCCCGCCAUCAACUUUGGCUUUGAAGAGCUCCGGGACCGCAUGGCAAAGUUCACGGAAAGAUUCGAUGAUUUCAUUGCAAAGGGUAGGAAGCGUGUCCUCGAGGAACGCAAUCAGUUCCGCAUCAAUGUUGCAGAACUACAGGAGGAUCAGAAGAUGAAGUCGCGUGAAAUGGAGAUCCUCGCCCAAAAGACGAGCCAGCAUAAUCAGACCCUUCAGCAACAAGACACGGAGACGGCGGAGCUGGGAGACGAUAUUGAAGAUGUUUCCCAGAGGAAAGAGGCAGGCAGCCUCUCAUCGAAGCUCUCUACAUCAGCGCAUGCACGAGAUUUGAGUGCGCAGGCAAGACUCAAUCUCCCUGAGCUGGACUUUUGGGAAUCAAACUUGGGCAUGCGGAUUGAAGGUGUGAAAGAUGAUAGGUUGAGAUUUGUGUUUGUGAAUUUGGAUGAGCGAGAAUGGGCGCGAGAGGCUUGGUUCGACUUGGACAUGGAAAAGCGAGAGUAUGCAAUCGUAGAGUAUAGGCCAAAGGUGGAGGACUCGAGAGUUGAAGAAUGUUUGGAGGGGCUAAAUGCUAGCAGAGAUCUUGGGGUGUUCUUGAAGAGGAUGAGGGUAGUAUUCAAGGAAGCGGUGCAGCCGUUGACGGUUCAUGAGUAG